UCUCGGCGCUACCCGGCGCCGGGGCUGUCCCGGCGCCGCUCCGCAAGGCGCGGCCGCCGCUUCCCCGCCCCGGCGCGGGGCCGUCCCUCGUCCCCUCCCUCCGCCCCGUCCCCGCCCGCCGCGGCAGCCCCGAGCGGGAGGCGGCGGAGGGAGGCGGGAGCCAUGCGGGAGUACAAGGUGGUGGUGCUGGGCUCGGGCGGCGUGGGCAAGUCCGCCCUUACCGUGCAGUUCGUGACCGGCUCGUUCAUCGAGAAGUAUGACCCCACCAUCGAGGACUUCUACCGCAAGGAGAUCGAGGUGGACUCGUCCCCGUCCGUGCUGGAGAUCCUGGACACGGCGGGUACCGAGCAGUUCGCCUCCAUGCGGGACCUCUACAUCAAGAACGGGCAGGGCUUCAUCCUGGUGUACAGCCUGGUAAACCAGCAGAGCUUCCAGGACAUCAAGCCCAUGCGGGACCAGAUCAUCCGCGUCAAGAGGUACGAGCGGGUGCCCAUGAUCCUGGUGGGCAACAAGGUGGACCUGGAAGGCGAGCGCGAGGUUUCCUUCGGGGAGGGCAAAGCGCUGGCCGAGGAGUGGAGCUGCCCCUUCAUGGAGACCUCGGCCAAAAACAAAGCCUCGGUGGACGAGCUGUUCGCCGAGAUCGUCAGGCAGAUGAACUACGCGGCGCAGCCCAACGGGGACGAGCCGUGCUGCGCCUCCUGCGCCAUCCUCUGAGGGCGGCGGCGGCCCCGCGCCCCGGCGGACACGCUCGGGGACAAAACAUCGGGGAAAAAAUUUCAUCGUGGUGGAAAUGUGGCUUUUCUCGGCAUGUACGUUUCGUCCAGUCUUGGUCAUGGCAUAUUUCCUGUCAGUGUCGGCGGCGGGCGCGGGAGCAGCCGGUCCCGCCGCCCGGGGAGCGGAGCCACGCGGGGAACCCGCCCGGGACAGCCCCGGGGAGCCCGGCCAGGAGCGGGGCCCUCAUCCCGGCCAGCCCCGGGGAGCGGUGCCCGGAGCCCCGGGGAGCGGUGCCCUCAGCCCGGGGAGCGGUGCCCUCAGCCCGGGGAGCCCCGGGGAGCGGUGCCCUCAGCCCGGGGAGCCCCGGGGAGCGGUGCCCUCAGCCCGGGGAGCCCCGGGGAGCGGUGCCCUCAGCCCGGGGAGCCGGGCCCGUCCCGGCACCGCUCCCCGCGGUCUCUAUGCAAGCGGGCGGCGGAGCGGGGCCGUCCCGCCCGGAGAGUUGCACAUGGAACUGGGACUGUGACCCGAUCGGUGCUGCCAGGCACGGGGCGCCGGGCAGCGCCGCCGAUAUCCCUGGAAUAAUGCUCUAUUUUGUUUACCUGCUGUAUCGGAUGGGAGUUUGCAGGAGAGUGGUAGCGUGGUGGUUUUUCUCCUGGUUUUGUUUGUUUUGGUUUUUUGUUUUUUAUUUUUUUCUUAAUCAGCUGUGAAAAUGUUACAAAUCUGCACAAUUUUUUAGGUGUGCGUGUGUGUGUGAUUUCGUUGUGGUUUUGGUUUUUCCUUUGGCGGGGAGGGGGGCGGUGGUGCUUUUUGUGCCGAGGGGUUUUGGGUUUGGGUUGGCAAUACCUGAUUUUGAUGACUAGCUCUCUCAAGUGCAAAGACUUCCCAUGAGCGAUGCAGGGCCAAGAGCAGCCCUGUGUCUGUAGAGUGCCUUCAAAACUCAGCUGUUCCAGCCGGUGCCAACCUGUGAAAGCUCCACAGAAUCCCAUUAUCUACUACUCCAAAAACUACUUAACAGUUUCCUUGCAGUAAUCACACCGAGCAAGCCAGGACAAAAGGGCCUAUUGUUAGUGGAAUUUAUUUCUUACUUCCAUCUGAGCCUUUUAACUGUUAUUUCCAUGUCUUGCAAGUUCGGGCUUCAUUUACUUCAAAUUUACAAGAAUUUAGCCUUUUGGGAUUUUGGGGGUGAGGACUUUUUUAUAUUUUUGGUUCUAUUUCCCUUUGAUUUUGUCGUGGGAUGUGCCUCCAGUCAGCAAAGAAGGAAAUCUUUUCGUUGUGAUGUACCAAGAAAAUUCUAACAACUGUCAUUUUAAUUGCAGACAUGCAUUGAAGAGAUGUCUAUCCAUUUUAAGAAUUUUAAUACAGAUGCUGUUUUUUAGAAAACAACUUUGUGCAUUGUUAUGUAUCACAUGAAACACUGACUUUUACACAGGCUCUUAAUCCAGAUUUAUAUCUCAAUAGCAGCGGAAGCUGGAGGGGUCGAUUUAGCUAAGAGCAGUGGUUUAAAAAGGCAAACCACAAGAUUGCUGUUUUACCUAAUAUUUAGUCAUUUUUGAUGCAGGUUUUUGCUUGUGUUCAGGCCCUGGCCCAGGGUGGUGCCAAGCUGUGAGAAGAAGGCUGUGCUCAGAGGCAGCUUUAAGCAGGUAGUGUGGGCUUACUGCAACAGGCCCUGUAAGAUUAGGCCAUUUUCCCUCCUGGAAGCAGCAUGGUUUAUUGGGGUGAAGUUCAAAAGGUCAAUUAUUUAUGAAAUUUAAGCUUUUAUUCUCAUUUCAUUAUCACUUUAAAAUGAUAAACCAGACCUUUUUGUUUUCUGGUUUGUAGAGGGGCUGGGGCAGGAGGAGACCUGUGCCUCCCAUCAGCUGGAAGAUCCAAGGAGUUUGUUUUCCUGCUUCCUUCCUCUCUUUGCCCCUUCUUUAGAGGUCUGCACACAAAACCUGCAACACUCUUUUUCCUUCCCCCCAUAUCCCAAGAAGUCUUGAAAUUAUCUUGCAUCUCAAAAACAAAGGUUGAGUGAUGAUGUGUAAUGUAAAGGGGUUUUUAAUCGGGCCAGCUGAAAAGUAACUGCCAUGAUUCCUCUGGGAACCUGGUAAUUUCUCCUAUUUGAAGUGGGAAAACUUCGUGCCUCAGCCCUGGAAGAUGAGUGUGUAGUGUCAGUUCGAUGCUACCUUUUGAAAUCCCUCUGAUUGAAACGAAAUUACCAUUUGUGCUUUAGUCAGACUUGGAUACUUUUUGUAACGUCAAGUAUCUAUUGAACAUUUGUAGCAGGCUGUGUGCUGUUAGGGUGUUUCUGCUCCUGAGCUCAGGUGUGUCCUUCCAGCAGGGACCAGCCAGUGGGGCUGUGUCAGACUGGGUGAUAGUGAAAAACAGAGGGCUGGAGAAGCAGCCCCAGUGCUGGCUCCCCCGCUGCUGCCUGGGCUCUCCUGUAACACACACGUUCAUUUACCCCCGUUUUCAAGUGGAAAUUGAAAACCUCGUCGCAGCUCAUCCUCCAGAAAUUCCUAAAAAUUCAUUAGAAGCCAGGGGACUGCCAUGCUGGGAGGACAGGGGACUAACACUGACAGAAGGGGUUCCUUUUAACUCAAGUACUGCAUUGAAAGCUAAGGAAGCUUGACUGCUGCCACAACCUGCAGCUUACAAUCUGCAUGUCUGAUGUUAAAAAAGAAAUAAAUUUACAUCUCAGUUACUGCCAUGGUUCAAUUUUGCCUUAAAUUCAAUUGGAAUGUGCAGUUUUAGCACCCAGCAGGCCUCGCUCUAGAUCAGUGCACUGGCAGCAGCUUGCUCUGGUUGAUAAAAGCAGGUAUUUAUUUAUUUAUUGUGCCAGGAGCCAGCAGAUCCCUCACGUUCCCCAGUGCCUCUUUCCCCACUGCCUGAGCUGUGCUUGAGGAAUAAAGCAAAAGUGGGUGUUUGUAGCACAGAGUCCAGCUUUGCUCAGCCUGGCAGAGGCAGCCAGCUGAGCUCUGUGCUGUGCUGGGCCUUUCUGUGCUACAUUCUAGUUCUGGCCAAAAAGGUGUACUUGUUAAACAGUGAAGCAUUCAUGGCACUGUCUGAUCAGGGUUUUGAAUGUAUUUAGGCAUUCCAUGUUCUCUGUGACUGCUGAGGACAGUACGAAGUGUAGAGCUCAGUAGUCUGAUCUUCCAAAUACUCUCAAGUGUUUUGGUGCUUGUUAAACAUAGGCCUUGUCUAUAAAAAGUCUGAAAAAAAUCAUCCUGCUUUAACUUGACUGAGUGAUGAAAGCUAUAUUAGCUUCGACACUUGAGGGAAAUGUUGUAUCAAUAUAAAGGUACUCUUUAUUCCUUUUCCCUGUGGGAAUAUGUUACACCCGUGUCAAUACAGAGGUGGUAUAUCACUCUUUUCACAGUGAGACUUGCAAAUAUUUACUUGUUUUGGAAGAAAAAUUACAUUCCCGGCCAAAAUACUUCCUGACAUUGCAGAAAUUGUGUAAACAAGGCCUUGGUUUAAGGCUGGUCUUGUGACCACAUAUUUUGCUGUAUAUAAUGAUUGUAUUUUUAAAACUCCAAGCUUGUUCUGUUGCAAGGAAGCGUGUCUGGCAUCCCGGUGUCCGUGACUGUAAUGUGUGCUCAGUCCCAGGCCCAAAGCAGUGUGCUUCUGCUCGACACGAUGCUCAGGAUCUGCUGAUCUGAUGGUGCUGGAGCUGAUGUGGAACUGUGGCUGUGGGAUCCUGGUGGUUCUGCUUCUCUCAAAAGAAUGUACGGCAAGUUGUUUGCAAAGGGCAUUUUAAAUAAAGGGCAGCUGGCUCUUUAUGACUUCCUCA